CCUCCUCAUGGUUGAACCACACAACAAGCCUCUCACGUUUUAGCGAUUAAUUUAGAGGGAGAGUUUGUUGUAUAUCAUCUCUUUCAGUAUAUAUAUUUAUAGAUGGAUUAUAAGUACAUAAUGGAAGGAAUUAUGGCUUUUGUUUUGGGGUUUGUUCUGUUUUACUUUUCUAGAGGAAAGAAGAAGGCCACAUCAUCAGCUUCGAUCGAUGUUGAUAAGGAGAAAAUGUUCAUCAAGGCAUCUGAAAAUGGAAUAUGGAGCUCAGAGAGUGGUGGAGGUACCGAUAUCAUUAUUGUUGGUGCUGGUGUUGCUGGUUCUGCUCUUGCUUAUACUCUUGGCAAGGAAGGGUGGCGCGUUCAAGUGAUUGAGAGAGACUUGAAUGAGCCUGACAGAAUUGUUGGUGAGCUGCUACAACCAGGCGGAUAUCUCAAGUUAAUUGAGUUGGGUCUUGAAGAUUGUCUGAAUGAAAUUGAUGCUCAGCGUGUGUUCGGAUACGCACUCUACAAGGAUGGGAAGAGUGCUAAACUUUCAUAUCCCCUACAAAGUUUCAGUUCAGAUGUAGCAGGAAGAAGCUUUCACAAUGGCCGUUUCGUUCAACGAAUGAGGGAAAAGGCUGCUUCUUUGCCCAAUGUAAGGCUAGAGCAAGGUUCAGUAACAUCUCUGAUUGAAGAGAAAGGGACUAUUAAAGGAGUUCAAUACAAAUCCAAGGCUGGUCAAGAGCUGACUGCACAUGCUCCCCUUACCAUAGUCUGUGAUGGGUGUUUCUCGAAUUUGCGACGCACUCUCUGCCAUCCCAAGGUUGAUAUACCUUCUUGUUUUGUUGGUUUGGUCUUGGAGAACUGUCAGCUUCCAUAUGCAAAUCAUGGCCAUAUAAUUCUCGCGGAUCCGUCUCCCAUCUUGUUUUACCCUAUAAGCAGCACUGAGAUCCGCUGCUUGGUUGAUGUACCUGGCCAGAAAGUACCUUCAGUUUCCAAUGGCGAAAUGGCUCAUUAUCUCAAAACUGUAGUAGCUCACCAGGUUCCAGCAGAAGUUCAUGAAGCGUUUAUAUCUGCAAUCGAGAAAGGAAACGUAAGAACGAUGACAAAUAGGAGCAUGCCUGCCUCUCCCCAUCCAACUCCCGGUGCACUUCUGAUGGGAGAUGCAUUCAACAUGCGCCAUCCUCUAACCGGAGGUGGUAUGACCGUCGCGCUCUCUGAUGUCCGUGUUCUAAGAGAUCUUCUAAGACCUCUAGAUGAUUUAAAAGAUGCAGCUGCACUCUCCAAGUAUCUUGAGUCCUUUUACACACUGCGUAAGCCUAUGGCGUCGACGAUAAACACACUAGCAGGUGCUUUGUACAAGGUCUUUAGUGCAUCACCUGAUCCUGCAAGAAAAGAAAUGCGACAAGCAUGUUUCGACUACUUGAGCCUAGGAGGUGUUUUCUCCAACGGACCAAUAUCUCUGCUUUCUGGCUUAAACCCGCGUCCAUUGAUCUUAGUACUACAUUUCUUUGCUGUGGCAAUCUAUGGUGUUGGACAACUAUUGCUUCCAUUUCCUUCUGCAAAUCGAGUCUGGAUGGCUGCCAGACUGAUUUCGGGUGCAGCAGGGAUCAUCUUUCCGAUAAUAAAAGCAGAAGGAGUUAGACAAAUGUUGUUUCCUGUAACAGUUCCAGCAUAUUACAGAGCACCCCCUGUACAUAAACAAGUCUGAAGAAUUGGAGGCUGAGGAGUAGAGCAUGGCAGAUUAGGUGAUUAAGUUUUUUGACUACAUGAUUGCUUGCAUCAUCAGCAAACCGCGAUGCCGGUCUAUAUCAGUUCCUUUGCUUGGAUUCUUAUAUAAGAAAAUAAAGGGUUGUAUAGAUAAAAUCUGAGCAUCUCCAAUCAAGCAGAAAAUUCUGCAACUGAUAAAUAUUUUCAAUAGAAUAAAAAGUCCAUCAAGAGAUGAUUAUUGUAAUUUCAA